AUGUCGCCUGCAAAGUCGGGGAUGGAGACUGAUAAGCGCGAUUUCUCGUCGUCCUCCAUAUCCAACCCCGGGCCAAAAUCAUCUCAGGAGAUCUAUUGGCCACCAACUCCUCCCCCAACCAAGCUUUCGGGUGCAGCACAACGUCUUAAAGACAUUCAAGAUGCUCUUGCUAACUGCUCUACUCCCGUGACGAAUUUCAAAGGGCAGAACAAGCGACCAAAUCCAACGGGCCCCGCAGAUGGACCGGCUGGAAAGCGACUCCGCCAGCUGCCACCAGGCUGGGAAAAUGAUGCUCUUUCGACCCCGACCUUCGGAUCUGAUUGUUCACCGUCAAGACCAACCCCUUCCCCACAGGGUGCAGUACAACAUCUCAGAGACAUUCAAAAGUUGGGGAUGGGGGCUGAUAAGCGCGAUUUCACGUCGUCCUCCAUAUCCAACCCGCCAAAAUCGACUCAGGAGAUCUACUGGCCACCAACUCCCCCACCAACCAAGCUUUCGAGUGCAGCACAACGUCUUAAAGAGAUUGAAGCUGCUCUUGCUAAGUGCUCCACUCCCGUGACGGAUUCCAAAGGGCAGAACAAGCGACCAAGUCCAACGGUUUCCGCAGAUGGACCGGCCGGGAAGCGACUCCGCCAACUGCCGCCAGGCUGGCCAAAAACCCCGACCUUUGGGUCUGAUUCUUCGCCGUCAAAACCAUCCUCUUCGUCCAAUUCUUCUUCUUUUCCUUCGACAACAGGCACAAGCUCGACUUCAUCCCGGGCUUCGACCCAACUUGUGUUUCUUAGCCAGAAGCAAGGCUCAGAUCGUCCAAGAGGGUAA